CAGACAGACACAAUGCCAGACAUUGAAGAGGUUCGCAAACACAACACAAAGAAAGAUUGCUGGGUAAUUAUCCAUGGCAAAGUCUAUGAUGUAAGUGACUUUGUGGAUGAACAUCCGGGAGGUGCAGCAAUUAUUGUAAAGUAUGCUGGUAAAGACGCAACUAAGGCCUUUGAUCCGAUUCAUCCAGGGGAUACUUUAGAGAAAUAUUUGGAUAAAAAGUAUCAUCUUGGGGAGGUUACAGGAGACCUUACCAAGAAGAAGAAGAAGAAGAAGGCAGUCACACCAGCAGAGGCAACUUUGGAUGAGAAACCAUCUCAAGGUUCUGUUGUGGAUGAAUUUGAUGUUGAGUAUGAUGAACAAGACGAUAAAUUACCAAUGUCUCUGUCUAGUGCUCCACCAGUUUUAGACGGUGGAGUCGAAGUUGAGUAUGAAGAUGACGAUGAUGAUGAUGAUGAUAAUCCAAAGGAAACUGCUCGCAGAAAGGAUAUGAUCAAGAGAAAGCCAGAUAUUGGCCAGAUCUAUAAUCUUAAUGAUUUCGAGUUUGUUGCAAGACAUACAAUGGAAAAGACUGCGUGGGGUUAUUACUCCUCUGGAUGUGAUGACGAAAUCACGUUAAGAGCCAACCAUUUGGCCUAUCAUCGGGUAUUUUUCAGACCUAGAGUUUUGGUUGAUGUCACCAACAUAGACUUAACUACCACCAUGCUUGGAUCUAAAUGUGCUGCACCAUUUUAUAUUACUGCCACUGCAUUGGGUAAAUUGGGACAUCCCGAAGGAGAAGUUGUCUUGACUAGAUCAGCAGGAAAGACCAACAUCAUUCAAAUGAUUCCUACCCUUGCAUCUUGUUCAUUUGAUGAGAUUGUGGAUGCUGCUAUGGAUAAGCAAACUCAAUGGUUACAAUUGUAUGUGAAUUCCGAUCGUGAAAUUUGUAAGAAGAUUGUUCAACAUGCUGAAAAGAGAGGAAUGAAGGGAUUAUUUAUCACAGUUGAUGCACCUCAAUUGGGUAGAAGAGAAAAGGAUAUGAGACUGAAAAACAUUGAAGAUGUUUCCCAUUUACAAGAGGGUGAUGAAAAGUCCGACCGUUCCCAAGGUGCUGCAAGAGCUAUUAGUUCUUUUAUUGAUACCAGUUUGAAAUGGUCUGAUCUUAAAUGGUUCAAGAGUAUUACCAAAAUGCCAAUCAUUUUGAAAGGGAUCCAAUGUGUUGAAGAUGCUCUUUUAGCUGUGGAUGCUGGCGUUCAAGGUAUAGUAUUGUCAAACCAUGGUGGUAGACAAUUGGAAUUCUCCAAGCCACCAAUUGAAGUUUUGGCGGAACUUAUGCCCAUCUUACGUAAACGAGGGGUUGAUCCAAAUAAAUUUGAAGUUUAUAUGGAUGGUGGGGUUCGCCGUGCCACUGAUAUUUUGAAAGCCGUUUGUUUGGGGGCUAAGGGGGUUGGUAUAGGAAGACCUUUCUUAUAUGCCAUGUCCACCUAUGGGGAUGAAGGGGUACUUAAACUCAUGACUAUAUUGUUUGACGAGAUGGUUAUGAAUAUGCGUCUUUUGGGGGUUACUUCAAUAGAUCAAUUAAAUGAGUCCUACGUCGAUACAAGAGGCUUGACCCAUUCGUUCAUGCCUAACGAUAAGUUAUUUGAUGGUGUCUACGAGCCACUACAAUCUCCAGCAUUUAGAGAUAAUAAAAUGUAAAUAAAUUGUAAGGUUCAUUUUCG